AUGCCUGACCUAGUGAAUAUCCAUUUGGAUGACGGUAUUCUCUAUAUUGGUAUAAAUCGUCCCGAAAAGAAGAAUUGUGUUAAUCAUGUGACUGCUAGGAAAUUAGUGGAGGCUUUCGAGUUAUUUAAUUGUGACGAGAAGGUGAAGAUUGGAAUUCUCUAUGGAGAAGGUCGAAAUUUCUGCUCGGGUUACGACCUUGCUGAGGUUUCCAGGCUGAACAACACGGAUAUCGAUGCUAGAUUUCCCCACGAGUACCGGUACAUGGGUCCGUCCAUUAUGGAGCUGAAAAAACCUCUAUUAGCGGCUGUCGAAGGUUACGCAGUAGCUGGUGGUCUAGAAUUAUCGCUAAUGGCCGACAUUCGGAUAUGCAGCCGUUCUGCUGUUUUUGGAGUGUUCUGUCGCCGUGUUGGUGUUCCGCUUAUUGAUGGAGGGACUGUCCGUCUGCCACGAAUUUUAGGCUUAGGAAGGUAA